CAGUCUUGAUUCUUGAUCGACGGUGGGUGGACGCAUGUUGGUGCCGCUCGUCCCGCAUGUUGCAUUUUUCUGCCUCCUCUUUCAGAUCCAUCGACAGACAGCGACCGCACCACCGCGCAUCAACUACACCCCUAUAAUUUUCAUCCCUGUUUGAAAAAAAAACGAACCGCAAGACAUCGUGAGAAACACGGCUGCUGGAGUUGUGUGUCCCAGUAGAAUGCUAGAGCGUUAGGCUUUGCCGUCGCAAUGCCGAGCAGCGCCUUCGUAUACCCUGCCCCUGUGGGGGGCUCUUCGUCGUCGUCCUCGUUGUCCUCGCUGUCAUGUUCGUCGGCGCCCCGCGGCGGCUCCAACGAGUCAACGGACUACGGCUUCAUCAGUCACCAUCACCAGCAAAAAUCGGCCACCAUGGAGUACAGGCGGCCACAGGCCACCUCCAGCACCAGUCCGAUCCGCAACGCCCUGAAGAAAAGCGCGUCCCUGCUGAGCGCCAACUGGUGGGCAAGUCGCCUUCUGAACAAACCGGAGAAGCCGGCGCCGCCCGAGUCGGUGCCGCCGGCGAUGACGCGUCGCUGGCGAAGUGUGGGGACCCUUUUGAAGCAACAACAGCAACAACAAGGUCAGCGUCGACCGCGCGCCAACACGCUGACGCAACAUUGCGGCGAGCGUCGCCCGCCCAAGGAGUUCUACCUGCUGGACGACUUCCUCACGCCCCCCACCACCUACUUCCAACCCCCACCGUCGGACUACGCGAAGGUGGUGCAGAAUUCGCGCGCCGCCGCCAUGCAGCCGCACUACGCGCGACCUCUGCACCGUUCGCACGCCGACCUGACGCAACGCAGGUCAAACUGGAGGACUCACCUCCGCUCCAAACCGGUGCCCGUUGAAUCGCCAGAGCCGCCUCCGGUGCCGCCCCCGCCACCCUCGGACUUGCUGUCCGACUUUUACAGACGCUCAAUUGGCGACCGCUCUUGUCUCUGCCACUCGUGCGACGUCCGCAUGAUCCAUGAGAGCUAUGCGUCCUUGCUGCACCAACACCGUCAACGACUGAACGGUCACAGUGGGCAGCAGCACAAAGAAAUCAUCGAGUAUGCAACUGUCGGGCGCUCCCAGGGCACCAAAGUAAACCACUCGUCCACCGCUUCCAGACUUUCACACGCCAGCUCUAAAAGUCUAGGCACGGCAACCCUUUGUGUCAGUGGUGACCAGAAAUCUCACGAAAUUCACGGACAACCGGCCUCUUCCACCCUGAAGCAGACAGCCUGCAAAAUGGGUGGAAACAACAACAAUCAAAAGCUGGACAACCACCAGCAACUAUCACCCAACAACAAUUCGAGUCACUGCAGCAACAAGAGCACCUCCACAUCGCCCUCACUCGAGUCGUCGCCUCGAAAGAGUUCCGACAGCGGUCGCUCAAGUUCUGCAGGGAGCAAGGAUGGAAUUACCUAUCCAAUUUCAUCUGCAGAGGCCCUGAAGUUGUAUGGUUCCCGAUUGACACAACACGAGCGUAACGAAAUCAACGAGUACCCGCAGGUGUGGUACCUUGGCCUGGACGCAUGCAAGGUGCACCCUGAGGAAAACGGCGCGCAGAAUGGCGGUUAUGACGAUGAGAACGGCAGCUACCACAAAGUUCUGCAUGACCAAAUCGCCUACAGGUACGAGAUCCUUGAGGUCAUCGGCAGGGGCAGUUUUGGACAGGUCAUCAAGGCGCUGGACCACAAGACCAACACCUACGUUGCCAUCAAGAUCAUUCGGAAUAAGAAACGAUUCCACCACCAAGCUCUGGUUGAAGUAAAAAUCCUAGACCAUCUUCGCAAGAGGGACAGAGAGAGUACCAACAACAUCAUUCACAUGCUUGAGUACUUCUACUUCAGAAACCACUUGUGCAUCACUUUUGAGCUCAUGAGUUUAAACUUGUACGAGUUGAUCAAGAAAAACAACUACCAGGGUUUUAGCCUUAACUUGAUCCAGAGGUUCACCAAAUCUCUAGUUCAAUGUCUCCGACUUUUGUAUCGAGAGAAUAUCAUACACUGUGAUCUGAAACCGGAGAACGUGUUGCUGAAGCAGAGGGGCAGCACAGGCAUCAAAGUGAUUGAUUUCGGCAGCUCGUGUUACACUAACCACCGGAUCUUCACCUACAUCCAGUCGCGCUUUUACCGCUCUCCAGAGGUGAUCUUGGGCCUUCCUUACGGCACGCCGAUCGAUAUGUGGAGUCUUGGUUGCAUACUUGCAGAGCUAUACACAGGCUAUCCCCUGUUCCCUGGUGAAAAUGAAAUGGAGCAAUUGGCUUGUGUAAUGGAGGUCUUGGGUUUGCCACCAAAGUCUGUUUUGGCUGCUGCCACCAGGAAGAGGCUCUUUUUUGACUCCAAAGGUGCACCUAGAUGUAUCACAAACAGCAAAGGGCGCAAGAGGAAGCCAUCGUCAAAGGACUUGAGCUCUGCCAUUCGAUGCAGCGAUAGGCUCUUCCUUGACUUCAUUAGUCAAUGUUUAGACUGGGACCCAAGCAAACGUUUGACUCCGGACGAAGCUGCCAAGCACCCCUGGUUGAACCAAAGUGGCAGCGCGCCAUUCGAGUUCCAGCGGUGCUCAUCACAAGACGCGGCCACACCGACCCACAAAAGCUCGGCCGCCGCCAACAGUUUGUCUUCGACGCGUUCCGAGUCCGACCUUCCUGGCAGCACCCUGCCUCCAGCGCCUCCGCCUGUCGGAGAGGCCUAUUCCCUGUACCGAGUGUACAGGGGCACUCGAAAGGCUCCCAAUUCGUCCAAGGAACGUCUCUCGUCUGCCGACGCAGCCUCCGAGCGACGAAGGGGGUCAGCCAGGGUUGGCAGUGGUAUGCAGAGAGAAAGUUCUUUGCCCGAGAAGAGUUCCCUUAACGAUUCAGGCACCUUUUUGCCACCCAUUCUUUGAGCAAAGCAUCAUGCUCACUUGAAUCGAAUCAAAACCACCAUCAAUUAAUUAAGUCAUUCUGCUCUCUCCAGAAAGUCGUAUCACUGAGCGGUCUGCCCGGUGGGAAAGUAGUGAAAAAAUAUGAGUAAACCUCCUACAAUUUUGUUUUGCUUUGAGCACAUAUCAGACGAAUUGGAUUCAUCCAAAUACCAAGUCCAUUUUACUCAUUAAUGAACUAAAUUAGUUUGCGCUUGAAUGACAAAUUGGUCAUUCCAAAAUGAUUUGGGUUUUUAAUAACAGAUAGUCCUCCUGCUCAAUUACAUUUGAGAUGGCAGUUGUUCUCACAAGCAGAGUGUAUUUAGGCUCACUCAAACUGCCCGAAGAGCAGACAAUGAAUAAUAUUAAUACAAGUAUGUAAUUGAGAUGAAGUCUCAGGCAAACAAAGUAAUAAAUUAGCAAAAUAAAAACCCACUACAACUUCCCGAUCGAUGAAAUUUUCAGAAGAACCGAGCAGUACACGCACAGAAGCACAGUGUGGUAGAUCAAUAUUAUAUGAAAGUACCAUUUUCAUUAACUCUCUGUAAAAGGUGUGUAAAAGUAGACUUUUGUGAUGUACCAGAUUUUCCAAGACAUACAAUAAUCUCCUUUUAACUGUAGAAUAAAAAGAUUGCUCUUUAACUUUGACAUCGUACAUGUAAUGUUAGUUUGUAAAGGAAUAUUCAUGUUUCCUAAACUUCUUUUACAACUCUGCUUUACACGAACGAGCACGUCCUUGCGGCGUGUAUUAAAAAAAUUUUGUUGUUGCUCACUCGUAGACAAAAUGGAAUAAUAUGUUGUUUGGUGAUCUGCAAGUGGGUCUUUAAACUGACACAUAUAUCUACUCAAUGUGCAAAACAAUGCUAGCGUAAAAAGGUCAAAUUGUUAAUCGGGAAAGCUUUUUUCAGAACCUCACCAUUUCCGAAAAAAAAACUGCAAUUUUAUGCAAAAUCGUUAAAUUAUUAAAUAAAGGGUUCUGAAUUCAAAUUUAAAAAUCGAAUUACUGAGGCAAAAAUGGUGGGGCCUAAAGUCACGUUGUAUAAAAUCUUUUUGUACCUACAUUGUGAUACCAGCCAAUCGAGGCCACUUCAAUCAAAGGCUAGACCAUUUUGGUGCUAGCCUCGAAUUUUUAUGUACAUUGCUGUUAGACGUUGAUACAUUUUAUGGUUUACAAUUGGAUCUGCGUUAGGCGCUUAAACCAGAUUUUAGAACUAAAUUGUCAAAAAAAAUAUGACAUGCAAGAGCUCCACGCCUGCCCUCUUGUGUUUGUGCGAUCUUAAUUACGACUUUUUUGGUUUGUCUCUGGAAAGCAAUGCUUUUUAACCUAAGGCAUUGGAAUUAUUUCAAAUUUCCUUUUCACUUGUGAAGCUUCUUGAAAUUUUCUUGAGAUCGAUAACUUGGCCAAUUGCAUUUUCUUUCAUUCUUGGCUUUUCCUACCUGUUGAGUUUAUUAUCAUUAGUGCAUCAAUUUGUUGUUUCAUAUUUGAUUGAAAAGAUGCUCAAUUAGUCAAAGAAAAACGUAACUAGUAUUUUGUAUAUUUUCCUUCCAUAUAUAUAAUUCGUCCGAAUUUGUAACUCAACCAGCAUCAUUGAAUAGAGUUUUAGCUAUUAUACAUCGCUUCAAUUUUGUUUUAAAAGACUAAAAGUACAUUUUUGAUUCAAAGAGAUCUCAUCUGUUGGCAUGAGUUGUUCAAAUGAAUUGUCUACAUCCCAUCCUAUAUGAUAAUUGUGUGAAAUAUUAGUAUUACGAUAAAAUGCAUGUCAGCUCUUUUAAGGGACACUUGUUGGGAAGUGUUGAUAUUCGUACUUUAAUAAAGAUCUUUUCUUUAAGAUAGUUUGAAAGCUCAUAAAUUAAGAAUCUCGUAGCUAACUCUCAUAAUAAAAAUUUGUUACGGUGUGAAAAAAAGACGCGAUGCCAGAAGGGAUACUGCAAGACAAAGACACACAUACACAUUUUCAACACCGUACUGGAAACAAGGACUUCUUUAAUGAGAAAGACUGUGAUAGAUUAUAUAAAAUUGCUUGUGAAAUUUUAUUGGGAACCCUUCUAGGCAAAAAUAAAACGAUUAACCAUGUACUCGAAAAUAUAUCUGCAGUCU